UCCCCAAGCGCCUACCGACGGCGGAGCGCGCAGAGAGACAGAGAGAUGGUGGGCAAAGGGAGGCGGCGGAGAGAGAAGAACUACAGGGCGGCGCACGGCGGCGGCACCGCCCUCCCUCCUCCGCCCGACCCGUCCCAGGUCGACGCCCUGCCUUCGAAGCUGCGCAAGCUCAUCUCCUUCGCUUCCUCCCCUCAACCUCCACCUCCCCAAGAUGCCGCAAAGGAUUCGCAAGACAGUAAAACCCACAAGAGGAGCGAGUCGGGAGACGAUAAAAAACCCUCUUGGAAGGGUGGGCUUGACUCAAAAGCUACUACAAGUGAAGUAGGAGUUGGUGACGAACAGUUGACUAAACCUUGGAAUGACAGCGAUGAAAUCAGUCAGAAGAAUGCAGGUAAAAAGAGAAAGAGGAAAGGAAAGAGAGGGCAACCUGAAGAUCUUCGAUUUCAAGCAGUGGAGGGAUCAAGCACUGGUUCUAGAAGGAAGGAACGAAAGAAAAUGUAUAGAGAAUCAAGAAAAAAGAAACACAAGAAGGCCACUGAUAAGGAUGACAUAGACUUUCCUGGACACGAGAAGGUCAAAUUUGGAGACAUUGUUAAAGCUCCGCCCAAAUUGGCCGUGAUCCCUAAGGCAUUGAAGAACCCACAAAAUGCAUCCCAACAGCGACUUCGUUUACAGGCCAUUGAGGCGUACAGAAAUCGCAGAGGAUGGGCAUCCCAGCCCAGCAACCAACUUCCUUCGACACUAGGCUCUACACUACCAAUGUGACCGUCUUUGAGGACUAUAUUUUGGCCAUAUGUUUUGGGAUGAUUUAUGAUGGUAUUCUGUAUUUUUCCUUUUUGAUUACUAUAGUGUUAGUUUUGAGAUAUCUAGUUGUUGUCAUAGGAUGUCUAGUUUCUUUUAUCAUAGGAGGAACCAUUCUUCUUUCCCUUAUUUUGUAGACAUUUAACCAGGCGCUUUGGUUAUACAUAACAGAAAAAUUUGUUCUUAGUA